CGACUCGGUUUUCCAUUCAUCAUGGAUGCCUCAAGUAAUCAUUCGGAGGAUUUCGAAAUCAUCGACUCCCAAGAAGCCAACCUUGAACCCGAAGAUAUCGCCAAGAUCCAGUCCUGGCUGCAACCAACGGAUUACAACGCGGAAUCGUCCGAAUACCAUCGACACUUGUCGUCACAAGCCCCAGAUACUGGACUAUGGAUUUGUGAUACGGAUCAAUACCGCCAAUGGUUCGAAUCGCCUCAGCAUGGAAGCCUCUGGAUCAAAGGAGUACCUGGGUCUGGGAAAUCCGUCCUGGCUGCUUCCGUUGCGGAGCACCUAAAGAGAGAGGGCAACUUUCCCGUCUUAUCCUUCUUCUUUCGCCAGAUUGUUACAACAAACCGUAGCCACCGAUCCUUGUGUCAAGAUUGGCUCGCGCAGUUGCUACCUUCUAGCACCGCCUUGCAAGCACUCAUCCAACCCCAUCUGGGCGGAGAGUUAGCCGAUGUCUCAAAUGAUCAAUUCUGGGAAUGGCUUUUGGUCGGCCUCUCCUCUGUUCCCCGCGUAUACUGCAUAGUCGAUGCAAUGGAUGAGAUGGAUGCGAGCGGCAGGUCAUUCUUUUUGAAACAACUUGAUAAUUUGGGAGCAUACCGACCCGAGUCAAUCAAAGUUUUCAUGACUAGUCGACCCUACCAGUAUUUACAGAGCGGCUUACGAAAUUCCUCAAUUGUUCACAUCAGUCUGGAGCAAGAUCUUGUCGGAAAAGACAUAAGUUGCUUUGUAGCUCACCGGUUGAAAGGAGUAAUCCUGGACGAAUGCGCGCUUUCUCUACGAGACAUAAUAUGUGAAAGAGCCGGUGGCCUCUUCUUGUACGCCCGGCUGAUGCUUGAUCAACUCAUCCCACCUCUUCACUUGGAGCAGGAUAUUGACAUCCAUAAUCUGGCCAACACUCUUCCAAUUGGCUUAGAAGACAUGUAUAAUAGCAUCUUACUCAACCAACAAUCCAAAUCUGGCAUCAGCAGUGAAGUCCAAGUCACUCUCCUCGAGGCCGUCACGCACUCAUCAAGGCCGCUUCGUUUAAACGAAAUCUCCAGUCUUCUCGCGUGCGCAUUUCCCACAUCCGAUCUCCCCGAUACUCCGAAGGUGAUCGCUAGGUCUGCAUGCGGUCCCUUGAUCGAAAUACUUGAAGACGAAACUGUUCAAGUAAUCCACCACUCUUUUACCGAAUUUCUGCUAGACAUCGGACGACUGUCUCGCUCGGGAGACAUGGAGCAAUUUGCGGUCAUUCAAACGUCCAUUGCCCAUAGAAGAAUAGCUACCCGAUGCGUUCGUUAUCUACAGUCCGGUGUUCUGCAUUCUUUAGAAGCCACGGGGAACAAAACAUCUUGCGAUGAAGAAUCUGAUGACGGACAAGGUCAGCAAUCCUGUUACCAAGCUGCUCGCCUGCAGCAUCCAUUCUUGCAAUACUCGGUGGAUUCAUGGGUUUAUCAUGCAAGCCGCUAUGAUGGAGAGGACGAAACUUUUUUCUCUAUUCUUGACGACUUUCUUGACCCUGCCAACCACGAUUUCCAAGCUUGGACGAAGCUAGUAUGGGGAUGGGUAGUCACUCCAUUUGAUGAGAAAAACGAUGAUAUUGUCACUCCGCUCCAUAUCGCCUCAUUUGCGGGUUUGACAAGAUAUGCUUCUAAGCUAUUGGACCGAGGCGAAAGCGUUCAUUCACUGGACGCUGAUGAGAGAACUCCAUUGCAUUGGGCAGCUCGAAAUGGGAACACAGCGAUGGUCGUUAUGUUGCUCGAGAACGGGGCCAAUCCGAACCCGGAUGAUAUUCGUGGAAAUACGCCUCUACAUGAAGCUGCAAGGAAGAACCAUGCAUCUACAGUUGAAAAGCUUCUCGGGGCUGGAGUUGAUCCCUUGACCCCGAAAACACGUGAGAACCACUCCGGCAGGUUACUUAGUAGCCAAAGGAGUACGAAGGGGGAAACUGCCCUAGAUUACGUGUGCAAGCUUGGACACACUGAAACCUUGACUACCAUGAUCCCCUAUCUAGGACGUGACGAAAUCGGCAACGCUCUGUGUUUGACGUGCGCAUAUAGCAGAACGGAAGCUGUGCGUGCGAUCCUCGAAACUACUGACGUCUCUGCUAACGCUACGAUACUGGGAGAAACCGCUUUGUAUCUCGCUGCAACCGCUCGUAAUCUCGACUGCGUGAAACUACUUCUCGCUAGAGGUGCCGAUGUUCAUGUUAAAUCACGAAGUCAAAUCGGCAGGAGAUAUCAACCGCACCGUGGUGAUCGAAUUAUGGGAACAGCAGCUACACCCAUGACUGCCUUACAAGGCCUCGUAUCGUCCAAUUCUAAAGGAGAUCAGUCAUCCUUCGAGCCCAUAUUACAGAGGCUUUUGAAUGCUGGCGCGGAUUUGAACGAAAAAGAUGAGAGAGGCCGGACUCUGAUGCACCUUCUCUUGUUUCCUUUCUCGCACAUCAGUCGUUAUGCAGAAUGCAGAUCUCUACUACAAGCCGGAGGCCAUACGCAUUUGAGCGUUCAGGGUGAUGAAGGCGACACCCCAAUACAUGAGUUUUUAAGGCACUCCCAGAAUCUGACCUUGCUACAAGAGUUAUUCGAUUUUGGCGCGGACAUCUGCUCACGCGGACAUUCUGGGGACUCUUUGCUCCACGCUGCUUUAUCAUGUGAGUCCAUAGAUAUUUCCAUUUGUCGUAUUAGCGAGCGUUCAACUCUUCUUCCUGCGUGA